CUAACGUUUAUAGAUAUUUACUAUUAAUGAAACAUAAAUUAAUUAUGCUCUCUAGGAAGAAUUACUUUUAAAAGGUAUUUAAAGCACUCAGGAGAUUAGAAAGCUAUACUAGUACUUCAGCCUCAGUUUAUUCGUUAACUUUCCUAAAGAUGCAUAUGUGGUCCAUACUUGUUCCGUUAAUUCUUAUUUUUUAUUACUGUGAUUCUUAUACUGAAACUGAGGAGUACCGGAAGCAAUGCGCAGAAGCCGCACCCAAGAAAAUAUUGUGUGGAAAUAGGCUAAGUGGUACAAUGAACCUGGUAUGUGCUGGAAGGUAUUAUGAUAAAAAUUAUCCCCAUGAGCAAAGAACAGAUAAAUCUAUAUUAUAUGGAGACUACGAUCCAAACGCAGGCCCGGUAAGUUCAACGUUUUCCUCAAGAAGCUCCUUACGUUCCCUUCUUGUCGGCAGAAUUCGAUCACAUGGUGCGGUCAAUGAAUGUUGUUAUAGACCUUGUGGUCCGGCCACAAUAAUUGAAUAUUGUCAGGACGAAAUGGGUCCUAACGAUAGUUAUUGUCGGUGGAUAGAACACGCUUCACAGUGGUUUCAGCCAGACCAUAACUAAUCACUUAAACAAAUGUUUAAGCUUAAUCACUAAAAUAAAAUAAUCAAUAAAAUGUAUUUGGAAGUGUGUAAA